AUGGCCAGAACUUUUUUCAUCGGUGGUAACUUCAAGUUGAACGGUUCCAAGAAAUCUAUCAAGGAAAUCGUCGAAAGAUUGAACACUGCUUCUCUAGCUGACAACGUCGAGGUUGUCAUCUGCCCACCAGCCACCUACUUGGACUACACUGUCUCCUUGGUCAACAAGAAGCAAGUCACUGUCGGUGCCCAAAACACAUACGUCAAGGCCUCCGGUGCUUACACCGGUGAGAACUCCGUCGAACAGAUCUUGGACGUCGGUGCCAAGUGGACCAUCCUAGGUCACUCCGAGAGAAGAACUAUCUUCCACGAAGACGACAAGCUUAUUGCCGAAAAGACCAAGUUCGCCUUGGAUAACGGUGCCGGUGUCAUCUUGUGUAUCGGUGAAACUUUGGAAGAAAAGAAGGCCGGUAUCACUCUAGAUGUCGUCCAAAGACAAUUGAAGGCCGUCAUUGCCGAAGUCAAGGACUGGACCAACGUUGUCAUCGCUUACGAGCCAGUCUGGGCCAUCGGUACCGGUUUGGCCGCCACUGCCGACGAUGCUCAAGACAUCCACGCUUCCAUCAGAAAAUACUUGGCCAAGGAAUUGGGUGACAAGGUCGCUGAAGAAACCAGAAUCCUGUACGGUGGUUCCGCCAACGGUUCCAACUGUUCCUCUUUCCAAGACAAGGUCGACAUUGACGGUUUCCUAGUCGGCGGUGCUUCUUUGAAGCCAGAAUUCGUCGACAUCGUCAACUCCAGAGCUUAA